GCGCGCCAAAUCAUCUAUUAUUCGGACGAUAGUCGUGAUUGGACAGAUGGACGAGAGAGGGAAAGUGACACUACCCCAUGAAGCGCCUACUUCAUUUUGGGACUUGAAAUGUGUUUCUUAGUUUGUAUCGAGCUCGCUUGUCGAUUCUUACAGAUAGUUAAUACUCAUAUUCAUAUUAAUGUAUAUUUACAUAAGGAUAAUGCGUGAUAACAUGUGUAGCUGAAUGCUCAGUGAUUCUUUCGUACAUCUUAUUUAAGUGUUCCGCACUCUUAAAUGCCCUCUCAUCAAAGAAAAUUAUUAAUUAAAAGCAGAAGACAACUGAAAUAUACAUCAGAAAAAACAAUUGGAAGCCAAGAACAGUUCCUUGCGAUUACUACAUCACAACUCAUUGCACUGACAAGUGAACGAUUAUUUUUCUCGACAAAAGUCGAAAUUUGUCACUCGUCUGCCGAAUGCAACCAAGUACAAUCUAUCCAUAAAAACUUGUAUUUAUCUGAGAAAUUUACGUGAGUCGAAUAUCAUGAACGAGUAUCAAGCGGAUCGAUCGUUGAGCACCAUGUCAAAUAUUAAUCUAUUAUCGAACGACAGUAUCAGUCCCAUGCGAGACAUUAUGCAGUGUCCAUUAUGUGUAUUCACUACAUCAAACAGAUCGGAAUUCACCGAACAUCUAAUUAGUCUUUGCACGCCAAAGUACAACAAUUCUGAAUUUAAAACUACUCUUGCGCGUUUAUCAGUUGUUAAAUCUUUCUUGAAUCAAAAGAGUAAUGAUUACUCUCCUCUUACACUAACGGCGGAGUACGUGAAACGCGAGACAGAGGAAACCGACGAAUCAUCUUCUCUUCACGUAUCCUACAUGAGCAAUCCGCAAAGCAACGUAAGCAAACGAGAUAAUAAAAAUUUACGAGAGGCUAAAAAUUGCAAACAGUGCAAUUUCGUAGCUAGCACAAAGAUGGAAUAUUGGGAGCAUUUGCGCUGCCACAUCAAAGGUUUUACAUGCUCCGAGUGCUCUUUCGUCACCAAGUACAAGCAUCAUAUGAAUCAUCAUUGGCUUAGCGUUCAUGACGGUUCCAAACCCUUUAAGUGCAAAAUAUGUUUGUACGCUUGCGUAAGCAAAUCGAUGCUAACCAGCCACUUAAAGAAACACUCGAACAUCUAUCCAUACAGAUGCGCGGACUGUGCGUACAGGAGCAAAUUCUGCAACGCGCUAAAGAAACACCUGCGAAAUAAGGAGCAUCGGCCAGCGAUGGUGCUGAAUGCUGAUGGCUCGCCGAAUCCACUCUCCAUCAUCGAUGUAUAUGGUACGAAACGCGGGCCCAAGCGAAAACCAGCAUCUAUUUUAAAACAACAGAAGGAAGUAAAGAACACUAUCAAAGCGAACGAUACAAACGACGGCGGCGAUCAUCAACUCGAUUCAACAACUCCUUCUCUAUUCUCCUCUUCGUUUUAUUCAUCGGUUCCCCAUUACUUAACUAUAACCGCGAUAAAUGGAACAAAGGAGGGGAUAAAUCAUUGGAUAAAUCAUAAUAACACAAAUAAGAAUCUGAACCAAUCUGUUGCGAAUUGCACAUUGCCCUACAGCGAUUUGGUCGCCGCGUUUAAUUUGUCGAAUCACAUUUUAUUUCGCGAAAACGCAACAUUUUGCGAAAAUAUACGGAAAACGGAUAGAAACGCACAGUCCGAUCCGUCAUUAUUAAUGGAGUAUACAAAUGUUGAGAACAAAAAGCCGGAAAUAUUUGUUCAAAAUCUGCCUGUAACUCAACUCAACUUUGACGCAACUAGUAACAUCGAGCUUUACACUUAUUCAGAUAGCAUGAAAGUUACUAGAGAACCCUCAACAUUUGUGACGGCAAAAACCAAAUCUACAGACGUACCGUUGGAUCUCCGCAUGACCGAGGUGAUCGGAGAAAAUCAGCUUCAGUUUCAGACGAUUUCAUUAACAGAUACGAACGCAAUAAAAACUGGCAUUACUGGCACCAGCAAGCGUAAAGGAAAAGCAAAAAAAUUAGAACGUCGCGCAAUAAUAGAAAACACGGACCAAAAGCCAAAGCAAAACAAAAGUGCGUCUUCCGAGUCUCCGACUCAGGAAAAUAAACCCACCGAUUUUCGCCAAGUAAAACAGAAGGUCAAGGACAUCAAAGACGAAGCCAUUGGUGAAUUAUGCGACACCGUGCUCACUUGUCACUACUGCGAGAUCGUAUUCGGCAAUGUAAUUAUGUACGCCGCGCAUAUGGGUUGUCACAGCUUUGAUGAUCCUUAUACAUGCAAUAUAUGCGGUGACCAAUGCACUAAUAAACUAUCCUUUUUUCUGCAUAUAGAUCGAUCAAAACAUUAAGUUAGUAGAAAGUAAAAAUGCCUAGUCGCAUGAUGCUUCAAUUGGAUAGAAAAAAUUAUUUGCGUCAUGAGUGACACACAUUCUUUCCGUUGAAGAAAAUAAACCAAAAGCAAAACAAACCUGGUGAAAAUUUUUCUCAUAAUUUUUGUACAAAUUGAAACAUUUUUCAGAAAUACUCACAAAGUCUACAGUUUUUCUUGGAAUUUUGCAUAGAUGUAAAUUUUGAAAUAUUCUGAGGUUUCACUUUUCAUAAUUU